AUGGACCAAACCACCACUGGGGUGGAUCUGCGGGCCAGCCCCGUUGGGGAGGACCAGGGGACCCUGGACACUCCCCCAGGCCCAGCCCUGCCCCCCCAGGCCAAGAGGCGCCUGAGGGUGGGCGGCUGGAGCAGUAGCCCCCUACUGCUGCUGUUGGUGGUGCUGCUUCCCACAAGAUCCCAUGAAAACGACGACAUCAAUCAAGUGUGUGGGAUGCGCAGACUGAACGAGAGACCCCCAAACAAUGAGAGCUCCUGGGAGGGGAAGUGGCCUUGGCAAGUGAGCAUCCAGUACGGGAAGCGCCACCUGUGUGGGGGCACCCUCAUUGACUCCCAGUGGGUGCUCACAGCAGCCCACUGCUUCCAGAUUGAUCUUGCCAUGAUCUUCCUGGAGCUGCCAGUGAAGUUCUCUCAGUAUGCUGUGCCCAUCUGUAUGCCGAAGCCAGACCUGAAUUUUGAAGAGAAGCUCUCUUGCUGGAUGACAGGCUGGGGAGGAAUUGCCAAUACAGUGUUACUAUCCAAGCCCUCCUCUCUCCAGGAGGUUGAACUUCCCUUAAUUUCGAAUCUUCAGUGCAGUGCCCUUUCUGCGUUUGUGGUGAAUUCCAAGACUAACCAAACAAUAUAUGAGAUCGAGGAUGACAUGCUGUGUGCUGGGGACGUCAGUAAUCCCAACAUUAUCUGCCCGGGCGACGUCGGGAGCCCCCUGGUCUGUGACUUUGCCAGCGUCUGGACUCAGGUGGCCGUCGUGAGCUGGAGCACGCAGUGUUCUCCCAAUUACCUGACUGUCUUCACCAGGCUGAUCCCUUAUCUGGAGUGGAUAGAAGAAACCAAAAAAUUAUUCCAGGCAGAAAUUGAGAGGAGCCAGGAGAAGGCGGCCAGCCCGCAGUGGCCUGUGUCGGGCGCCCACACGGGCUUUCCGGCCCUCCCGGGCCUGCUGCACAUGGGCCUCCUGCCCUGGCUGCUCUGGCUCAGCUUCCCCCUGGCCCCGUGA